AUGAGUCACGGUACCAUGCUAGACGUUGUGAAGGAUGAGGACAAGCCACGGAAACACCACUCAGGUCCUCGCAAGCGCCGAUCCAAAAAGAAGUCAAAUACUUGCACUAUUAAUGCUUCUAUAGAGAAUGAGUUUCGCUCAGAUUCGUGCAAUUCACCGCUUAAUGACGCAAAGAACCUCUGUGUCGCUACUGUGCCAUUUACACCGCUUCAAGACAGUAGUAUACAUGCACAAAGCUUCACAUCACCAUCGUUACGAUCAGAAGAUAAUAAUGUACUCUCAAGUCCUCAAUGUUCUAAGAAAACAACAAAUGCUGCAAUGUCCAAGCUUUUCCACCAUCGUGAGCUUAGUCUUGAAGAACGUGAAGUGAUACGCGGAGAACAAGAACAGCAAGCAGCUGAACGUGCGUAUUGGACUCAAUGGGUCAUUGAAGCGGCUGAAAAAGAACGUGCAAGACGUUUAAAUGUAUUGAAGCAGCUGCAAUGUGAAGAAGAAGCUGAAAUUCGACGUCGAAGACAAUGGGCAAUUGCUACAAUUGAGAAGGAACAGGAAGCAAUGAUGCGAGAAAUGUUUCUGGAUAAUAUGAAAAAUACGCAGUGGUUUCAAUCGACAAUUUCAAGGUUUUCGGAAGAUUAUGAAGUCGUGUGCCCGAAUAGUUGGUUCGGGUGCACAUUUAGUUGUAUGUUGAAAGAUUUAGAAUCUCAUUUGAAACGGUGUGUAUAUCGACAGGUGCCAGAUACGUUGGAUCAAGUUGUUGAAGACAAUGUCACGGAUUUUUACUCGUACGAUGUGGUUUGUCCAAAUGCUGUGCUCGGGUGUGGAGAAAUCUGUUCCCGUGAAAAUCUUGCCGAACAUCUCGCGGCGUGUCCUGUGAAUGGCAUGUCGAGAGAGAAAGAAUGGGAAGAGCGACUAGAAUGGAGACGAAGUGUCAUCCAAGCUACGGAAAAGGAACGCGAACGACGCAUUGAUGAGGAACGUGCGGAAGGAACGAGAAAAAGCGCAUUAUCGCUUGGAAAUUUGCAACGACUGUACGAAGAGCAAACUGCUAUGAUGCAAGUAGUGUUACAUGAUGAAAUUGAAGAUUUCUGUGCCCAUCAUGAGCGAGAAGCACAAGAGAAACGUCCGUCGAUUCAAAAGGCGAUAAAUAUGGUAACAGAGGAAAUUCAAUUACUUUGGAAUGAUUGCGUACAAGUCGAACAAUAUGGAUCUUUUGCUACAAAAUUACAUGGAGAAGCCAGCGAUGUGGAUUUGGUUGUCUUUGGAGCGACACAAGAGUUUCAUUUCAGUAGUCAGCAAUGCGUUGAGGUUCUAGCAGAACAUUUACGCGAACUGUCAGGCUUUGUCGAUGUGAGCGCGAUAAGUCGUGCUUCCGUCCCACUUUUAAAAGUAGUCACUCUUAUCUCUUCUGACGGACAAGACAAGACUGAUCGUAGUACGGAUACGAAGCUUCGCAUCCCGUUUGAUAUAACGUUUGAUGAGCCUCACGGGAUUCAUCAUAAUGGUGUCGCUAGUGUGAGGUUAAUACAAGGUCUGGCGAAUGCGUUUUAUGGAUUACGAGAGUUAGCGUUGGUAUUAAAGCAUUUUUUGGCUGAACGUGAAUUAAAUGAUCCAUACGUCGGUGGCUUGUCGUCUUACGGUCUGUUGCUGAUGGUUGUGUAUGUUCUUCAAGAGCAAGGAGCUUUGAUUUCGAUGGUUGACGAACAAAAAAUUAGUCGACAAUCAUAUAAUGAAGAUGAUUUCUGUGAGUUGAAAGUGGAGGUGCCGACUCGUUGGAAUGCGCGGUAUGACGCACAGUGUUUAAAAGGAGAAUCAAUUGCCAAGGAGAUUAUACAGCAAUGCACAGCCAAACAGCCAAAGAAGGCGAAGGAAUUGGACAAGAAACGCAUCAAAAAAGCGAAACGAGUUGUGCUUCCUUCAUUUGUGACGGGAUCUGAAGACGAAGGUGGACAUGAGGCAAAACCAUUUUUGCUUGGAAAACUUUUGAUGGAUUUCUUACAAUUUUACGGAAACGAUUUUCGACAAAACCUCGACCAUAUUUCUGUUGUAUCAUGGGGUGAGCCGACCAUGUCAUUUGAUCCUUCCCGCGCCAAAACAUUUUCAUCCCACUCACUUUCUCCCCCAACAAUGCAUUUAUCUCCGAGUGUCAGCUGUGCUGGCUCUAAAUCACCGUCAAUGCUUGUGCCGCCAUUGUCACGUGAUGGUUUACUAGUGAUUGAAGACCCUUUGCAGCCUCACAACAAUGUGGGCAAGUCGUGCUACCGAGUUAGUCAAGUCUUUCGUGAAUUUUCCGACUUUUUGAGCUUUGUGACUGCGCUGAUUGUACGAGGGAGUGUCAUGACAACGGGUAAGAAAAAGAAAGGAGAUUCAAAAGCGUGCACCACUUCUCCGCAUAGCCCAUCAUCAACGAUUGAACCAACAUGCCGGAUAUUAAAGUCAGUAUUUCAAAUGAAAACAAGAGAAAAACGCGCUAGCUUGGACAUCUCGUCGACAUGA